CUGGACGCCAUCAGUAUCUCCGGGCGAUAGAUACCGCGUCCCUGAAGUUUUUUGUUCAUAUUAAAGCAAAUUGACUUCAAGAUGGAUCAUCGUGUCCACAAAAGGUCAUUAUCAAGAGCAAGAGAGAGCUUUCCCCCAAUUCAACCAGGAAGAACCUCCUUAUCUUCCAGUACCGAGAUGGUGAUGUCACAGAAUCCCCUCAGUGGUAUACGCAGACAAAAAUCGUACAGACAUACGCAAUGCCCGCCACUCAACGAAAGUACCAAACGGCAGAGGCCCAAUAUUGGUCACUCUUCUACUUCUGUCGAUGAAGAAAUCAAACGUCAGAGGCCCGGCAGUGGUCAGAAAAUGACAACAUUAGCCACCGCAGAGUCUGGACACACAUAUACAGCACUUGAGCUGGAGGACAAAGAAACAAGAGCUAAAUUGGAAAUGUUAUACAAGUAUGCAAAUAGGUAAAUGCCUAUUACAUUUAAAGCGAUA